GCCGCAAGUGGUCACGUGACCACAAUCGACUGAAGUAAGGUUUGCGGCCACGAGGUUUUGAUGGUUUUGAUUUAUAUCAUUUAUAUUUAAGGCCAUCAAUAAAAAUAUUUUUUUCGGGUCCGUAAAGAUUAAAAUUAGGUGCAGAAAUAAAAAUGCCAUCUAGUAAUCCCUUACCACCUAAAGAAAAUGCCUUGUUUAAACGAAUAUUGAAAUCUUAUGAACAAAAGCAGUACAAAAAUGGACUCAAGUUUGCAAAACAAAUAUUAUCUAAUCCAAAGUUCUCUGAACAUGGAGAAACCUUGGCAAUGAAAGGAUUGACUUUAAAUUGCCUUGGAAGAAAAGAAGAAGCAUAUGAAUAUGUCAGAAGAGGCUUGAGAAAUGAUUUGAAGUCCCAUGUUUGUUGGCAUGUAUAUGGACUGUUACAAAGAUCAGAUAAAAAAUACGAUGAAGCAAUUAAGUGUUAUAGAAAUGCUUUAAAAUGGGACAAAGACAAUAUACAAAUAUUAAGAGAUUUGUCUCUUUUGCAAAUACAAAUGAGAGAUUUAGAAGGGUAUCGGGACACUCGAUAUCAGUUGUUGAUGCUAAGGCCUGCUCAGAGAGUAUCCUGGAUUGGUUAUGCUAUGUCUUUCCAUUUGUUAGGAGAUUACAAAAAUGCUUUGAACAUUUUAAAUACAUUUUUAGACCAACAGCAAAAAGGCAGUAAUUUUGAUUAUGAGCACAGUGAACUACUUUUAUACCAAAAUAUGGUUAUUCAAGAAUCUGGAGACUUCCAACAAGCGCUUACACAUUUGAAAGUUUAUAAUGACCAAAUUGUGGACAAACUAACGUACAAGGAAUUAUUGGGAGAUCUGUGUCUAAAAUUAAAACAGUUUGACAAGGCCGAAAAAGUAUACAAAGAACUUAUGAAACGCAACCCAGAAAACACUUUGUACUAUAUAAAAUUAAUAGAAGCCAAAAGAUUAACAGAAACAGAUGAAAUAAUAAUGUUUUACCUUGAUUUGGUGGAAAAGUAUCCAAAAGCAAUGCCUCCAAAGAGAUUACCUCUCAAUUAUGCUCAGGGAGAUCAAUUUCGAAAUUUAGUAGACAAAUAUCUUAGGAGGGGAUUAACAAAAGGGGUGCCACCCCUAUUUGUCGAUUUACGUUCAUUAUAUGUCGACCCCUUGAAAGUAGAGAUUAUUGAGAAGCUCCUACUACAGUACGUGGACUGUUUGCAAAGUUAUGGCAAAUACAGUGAUACAGAAACAAACAACGGUCCCAAAGAACCAGCCUCAACUUUAUUAUGGACUUACUAUUAUCUCGCUCAACAUUAUGAUCAUCUCAGUAAAGCUGAAGAAGCGUUGAAAUACAUAGACUUGGCUAUUAACCACACUCCAACUCUCAUUGAAUUGUUCGUUGCCAAAGGCCGAAUAUUUAAGCAUGCAGGUGAUCCUUUAGAAGCUUGCAAAUGGUUAGAUGAGGCUCAGGCUCUUGAUACAGCCGACCGUUAUAUAAACUCUAAGUGCGCGAAGUAUAUGUUACGAGCAAAUAAAAUAAAAGAAGCAGAAGAAAUUUGUUCAAAAUUCACACGAGAAGGUGUCUCUGCCAUGGAAAAUUUGAACGAAAUGCAAUGUAUGUGGUUCCAAACAGAAUGCGCUCUCGCUUACCAACGACUUGGCAAAUACGGGGAAUCCCUUAAAAAGUGCCAUGAAAUUGACAGGCAUUUUACCGAAAUUAUUGAGGACCAGUUUGAUUUUCAUACGUACUGCAUGCGUAAGAUGACUCUACGCUCUUACAUGGGUCUAUUGAGGCUAGAGGACGUUCUUCGCGGCCAUCCAUUUUAUUUUAAGGCUGCACGUUGCGCUAUCGAGGUUUACUUGCAUCUGUUUGAUAAACCACUAAAGGACGAAAAUGCCGAGCAGGAUAUCGACAUCGAGAAUUUAGCACCUUCAGAGUUAAAAAAGCUCCGAAACAAACAGAGGAAAGCGCGAAGAAAAGCGGAACAAGAAAUAGCACAGGCGGCUCAAGCUCAAGUCAAAAAAGAUCAGUACCACAAAUCUAAGCAACAGGGUGACGUUGAAGCAGACACACCACAAUUAGAUGAAUUGAUCCCAGAAAAAUUAGCAAAAGUCAGUGAUCCAUUAGAACAAGCCAUAAAGUUCCUUCAGCCUCUGCAAAGCUUAGCCAAAAAUAGGAUAGAAACUCAUCUUAUGGCGUUCGAGAUAUACUAUAGGAAAGAAAAGGUACUGCUUAUGUUGCAGUCGUUAAAAAGGGGAUACAGUGUAAGCGAGAAUAAUCCCAAGCUUCAUUCAUGUCUAAUCCAAUUUUCGGAUUUCCUGAAACGGGUAAGAGACAGUUUAGAUGAAACAGUUAAAGAAGUGUUGGAGAAGGAGACAGAGACACUGUUACGAAAGAAGAAUUCGACCGAAUUGAAUUCGGAAUACUUAUCAAAGCAGGGCGACAGUAUAGAGGCCACCCUCGAGUGCUGUAAAGUGCUUUAUCAGCUCAACCCUAAUAAUCAAGAAUGUGCACUUAAACUUGUUACCAGUUUAGACAAUAAAUUUAAGGAUGUAAAUAUUCAGACAUGCGCAAACGUACUAAAGGCGCUGAAGAGCGGAGCCCUGGGCGAUUGUGAUAGUUUAAUAGAAGACUUCAAGCUACGAUGCCACAAGUUGUUCCCAUACUGCACGGACUUUCGGCCCGCUGCCGCAGCCGCAUCAUUAAACCUAAGCAACUCUUGCGACGCAAACAAUCACGCGAAAUCGACGUCGGCGACUGAGCUCCAAAACAGCAACAGCAAUUGAUACAUUAUCGGUGACGGCACCGGCUUCGGAACGGCAACGCAGACGGUGGUGCCGCGUAGACAUACACCGUCGACGUCGUCGUCGUCCUCCAUCAUUAUCAUCAUCCGCUGUUGACGUUUGACGAGAGAGACUUAGACGUUGUUAAAUUAUGUUAGGUUACCUGUUUAUAUAAUAUAAUAAUGAAGAAAAAUGAAGAAAACGAUAGAUACUUCGUGUUUUUACUACAUCUCGACGAUAUAGAUAAUGACAAGUACAUUUACAUACAUUAUAAAAUACACUACCACGAACGAUGCUGAUGCUUCUAUUAAGCACUAAUUUUGGAAGAGAACAAACAAAAAAGUAAUGAUGAUAAUGUAAUUACUACUGUAAAUUUCAUUUCGUUGUAUUAUAUACAAUCUUCAAUAUUAUUGUUUAUAUAUAUAUAUAUUAUAAAUUGAGUCGAUCGUUGAUUUCUUUUUGUUCGAAGGUGGUCUCUGCUCCUUGUCUACUCUGAUAUCACAACGAUCCCUUUUUAUAUUCAGAUACUCAUGAAAAGUAGUAUACAUUUCUCAGAGAAUUGUAUGUAUUUUAAUCAGCCCGCUUGCAAGUAAAAAUAGAAAGAUUCAGUUGCUUAAGGAAAAAUAAUUAGUAGGUAAAUUAAAUUGGUAAUUUUUUUAUUGAACUAACAAAUUGUCUAGUCAUUUUGUCUCGUACAUAAAUUACGAGUUUUCGUAUUUAAUUCGUAAGCAUGUGUGUAUAUAUAAUAUUUAUGCAAAGCAAAGACGAAUUAAACACUUAAGAUGACUCAUAUUUUUGUUGAUUUCGGAAGUAAAACUUUUGAAAUUACUAAUUUUUAUUUUUGAUUUUCUUGUGACUUCAUUUCCACAAAAAUUGAUCGUUAUGAUACAGAUAUCUCGAGGAGAAAGGUUAUAACUGCCACAACGUCGCAGCUCUCGAGUGAUGGUUUUUGAUUAAUUUUUUUGUUAAUUUUCAAUGAAUAAAAACAACACGACAAA